GUUGCUGGGCGCUCAGCGGAACCCGGUCGAGAUGGGCACGAUCGCCACGGUGCCCAUGGCGGUUGGCGACGACAACGACGAGACCGAGCUGCCGAGGGCGAACUUCAGGCUAGGCGAGACGGUCUCGAGGCCGAUUCUCUCGAUGCUCGAGAUUAUGGACAAAGGCGCGAGCUUCUGGCCAUACUCCAAGACGGGGCCGAUGAUGCACCCUGGCGGAGACCUCGCGAAAGGGAUCCCACCUGCGAGAAGGAAGAACACUUCGGGCUUCAACGCGAAGACCUUCAAGAGCGCGAAGGAGGCGAGCAAGUUCGCGGCCAUCGCGAACGCAAACGAGCAGGAGGAGAAAGGGCUCAAGCCGUCGCCGGGAGGCGCGCGCAGUGGCUCAGGGUGCGCAGCCAGCGCCCCAGGGCCGGCGCCAGUGGCGGGAGCUGGAGCAGCGGCGGCAGCUGCGAGCCCAGCCCUCAGUGGCGCGGCAGCAGGGGGGGCGACUGGCCAUCCAGCCAGUGCUGCAGGUGACGGCGUGGAGACGGUGCUGCACCCCGACAGCCGGGUCGAAGACAUGCGGGCGACGCUUCGUGAGCUCGGGCAGCCGAUCUACGGCGGGAAGGAAGAACUCUGGGCGAGGCGGCGCGAGGCAGCAGUCGACGGCGCGCUGACCAUCGCACCGAGGCAGGUGAAGGGCCCGACCGAGCCGACACCUGAGGAGCGAGCUGCGCGCGUGCCACUGCACCUCGCGAGAGCCGGCUGGCGCGAGGGCCGCGCGAGGAAGCCCCAUGAGACGCUGACCUUCGAUUGGGAAGACACGGGACAGGAACUUCUUGCGGCGGAGAUCUUCGUGACGACGUUGGUAAUGGCCGAUGCGGGCGCGCUGCUGUUCAACGCGGUCACAGUGUGCGCGAAGACCGCGACAGAGUACUUGGUGCUCAUCGAGUGCGGUGCCACCGCGAGCACGCGCGCGACGGCGGACGAGGACAGCGCGAGCACGGGCCCGAUCGAGGCGCCGAUCCGGUGGUUCCAGGCGACGACGCGGACCUACAAGUUUGACUUGAAGAAGCGCUAUGGGUUGAAGACCACGGCGGGCUUGCCGAACUGGAGCUGGAUGACGCGCUGCGCGAGCUGGGCGACAUCUGCCUGCAGGCAGACCGCCGAGGCGGCGCUGAAGCGCGAGGGCGAAUCGAGCUCCGCGAAGGGCAUAUGGGCGGGGAAGCACAAGGAGAGCGACGACCACGCGUUCCUCGCACCUGCGAGCUGGCGUCGAGCCAGGGCGCGCCGGAGGCUGGCGCCAUCGCUGAGACACGACGCGAGAUCGACGCAGGCGGCGGCGGCGGCGCCUCGGGACCUGAGGGCCGCUAAGCAGUGCGAACUGCAGCCGCGACUGCAACGACCAGUGCAGACGGCGGUCCUGGCGGCAGCGGAGAGCAGGAUGGGCGUAUACAGCGCCUCGCGGAUACCGAGGGGGCAGACGCGGCGCGCUAACGAGGUUCACCCGAGCUCACCCACUUGGCGAGCUAGGCGCGUAGAGGCGAUCAGCCUGGACGACCCGAUCGACUGCGGGAUCCCGGGCUCCAUGAUCAUGUUCAAGUGGAUGGAGCAGCGCGUCGAUGUGUUCGCGGCGAGCUCAUCGGCGCAAACGAGCACGCUGGUGGACUUCGUCAGAAUCAAGCAGGAGGACCCCGGGGCGUUCAUCGCGGACUGCGCGAGGACCUACUGCCAGGCGGACCAGACGGAGAGGGUCUGCGUGGAGCUUCCAGCCGAUUGCCUCGCCAUCUUGGCGGAGCUGGGAAAGCCGACGGGCGUCGUCUGGGAGUUCAAUGAGAUGUCACCAGGCCGAUGCGUGGCAGUCGCAGGCUGGGUAGACAAGGCGGCAGAGACAUUGCAAGGAAAAGGAUUCGAUCGCUGCGAGGCGCAGCCGGAGUUCUACUACCACAGGGAGAAUGAGGUCCUCAUCGAGGUGUUUGACCUGAAGGCAACGGACGUGAUCAGGCAAGGGCGCCGCUCGCACCUGAAGCGCGACAGGUUGAGGCUGGCGAGCCUCGACGCGAUGCCUAGGCCAAGCGUCGGGCGCGUCGAGGGCCUGAUCUGCGCGAUGGAGACGGAGAAGGCAAAGCCAGCGAAGGCCCCGAGCUUGACGGAGGAAGAACCGAGCUGGAGCCCAGACCUGGGCGAGAUGGAGAAGGCAAAGUUUCGGAGUGGCAUUGGGAUCGCGCUGUAUAUCUCGCCAGACCGAGCGGACAUGCAGCGCGACGCGCAGCUGCUGAGCAGGAACCUAUGCCAGCCGGCCGAGUUCGACAGGAAGCGCUUUGUGAAGCUCCUGCGGAGCAAGCCUUGGGAAGUCAAGCUGACGAUGAACGCCGACACGGACUUCGCUGCUUGCAAGACCACGCGGGAGGCCAUGACGCGCGGGAUUAGGAAGUGGCUUGGCUACGAAGUAGCGCGGGAGCUCAACGUCGACAGCAGUGCAGCGAAGGCGAUGAUCAAUCGCGAAGGCGUCGGCAAUGUCAAGCACCUCGACGCGAGAGCGCUGCGGGCCCAGCAGGAGCGGGAAGUUAACGGACUUAGCGUGCGGAAGGAGAGCGGCGACAAUAACGUUGCUGACUUGGGCACGAAAGCGCACCCAGCGGCGCGAAUCGAGUACCUGAGGGAUUUGGCAGACAUCGUGGAUUGCGUCGAAAUGGACAAGAACAAGGAGCUCGAGGCAUGCGCCGCUGCGACAAGUUCGAGCUGGGCAAAGCGGAGCUUGCUGGCCGCGCUGUUCGGCCAGGGGGCGACGAUCACGACGGGGACUGGCACGUGCAGUGGGGAUCUCGAGCGCUACGACGCGAUGGCGGCGAGCUCCGAGGCGACGCUGAACACGCAUGGCUGGGAGAGCGGCUACUUGACGUACCUCGCAGUGGCGGUAAUCAUCAUCGCACCCGUGCUGGGCAUUUGGCGUGGAGUUAAUUGCGCUAGCGAUUCCGUGCGGAAGAAUGAUGUCGCUGGCAAAGGUCAGGGCAAGCAGAUCCCGAGGAAGGACAGGAAGCAACUCGAGGACAAGCAGAGUCAG